GUUGGUGGCGGUAAUGCACCAUCACAGUUGGUUUGCCAACCGCCAACAAGAAGAAGAAGAAGGCUCGCUCGAGCUAGCUGGUUAGCAUGCGAGUUACAAACGAAAAUAGAUACGAUUUAACAAAUUUUGUAAUUAUCGGGACAGUUUGUUUUAUGUAGUGCUUCGGUUUGGUUAGCUUUUUGUGUGGUUCCACAUAGGUCCAUCGGCUUGUGUUUGAACCAUGUCAUCCGAAUUUUGUGCUUUUAGAGUUAAAAAUUAGUCGGCUAAGUUGUUGGAGCUAACGUUAGCCGGUGUUGUUCCAGUUGGUGUCAACGUUAGGUGCCUCUCGCUAAACAGACAACACGGCGGCGUAACAUGAAGUUAUGGAAGAGAGAAGGCUAAAGAGAAAGAGUACGAAGACCUCCACCAACACAGCGGCUCCGACGGGAGGCUCCGGCCGGAAGAGCAGCGCUUCCUCCGGGGGACGGCAUAUCGGCUUCAGCCACAGCACGGCCACUGGUUCCAGCCAAAAGAACAGGAGCAGGCGGGGAAUCAAGGAUAAGCCCAAAUAUCAGCCAGGUUUGGGUGGUAAAGCUGCACAGAACCAGAGCCAGGCAGCUCCUACCAUCCAACACUCGUUUCUGACUGAUGUGUCAGAUGUGCAGGAGAUGGAGAAUGGCCUUCUCAGUCUUCUCAACGACUUCCAUUCAGGGAAACUACAGGCGUUUGGCAAUGAAUGCUCCAUUGACCAGAUGGAGCACGUAAGAGAGAUGCAGGAGAAGCUGGCACGCUUGCACUUUGACCUCUAUGGUGAGGUUGACGAAAUGCCCAAGGAUCAGAGGAAAACAGCCUGUGACACCAACAUGGACAAGUUGCUACUUAAUCUUGAGGAGCUGAGUUCUUCGAUUCAGAAGCUGAAUCUAGCCGACACUCAAGAAAUCCAGAGGACUUCCAGUGUGUGAUGUUUUUCUUUUUCUUCUUUCUUUUUGCUUCUUCUCUUUUUUUAAAUUUAUUUUAACCACUUGGAACCUGUGUAACAGAUGAGUUAAAACAAGUUUAUAGGCACUUCUUUUGCUGCAUUUUAACAGAAACAAGAGUGAAUCUGAUCAGAUAUUUUACAUAUGUUCACCAGCUGCUAAAAGCAAAGUACUUCUAAAGAUAUUUUACUAAUAAACAAGAUGUCAUUCUGUAAUUCAGCUAAAAGAAGUUACAACAAA